AAAAAAGAAUACACUGAAGUGAAUAAUUUUUUAAACCCUUCAAUUUUAGGAAGUUGCUUACGAUUAAAAUCAGAACGGAUAACACUAGUAGAUUUCACGCAGACGAAGUGCGAUAGGAGUGAGACGUGCUUGCCCCUCUCAUUGUGCAUAGGUCGGCUGUGAAUUUACUGUGCUCUUGGUAAGCUAACAUUGAUUAUAAGACAUGGAAGAAGUUGAGCAGGGACUGCCUCGUGAACGGGAGCCACAGCCAGAGCCGAUUCAACAGAUGCAGUCAAUGAAAGUGAAUGGUGAUGGAAGCGAUAGCGGCGUGGACGAAGAAGGCCCGAAGGUGCCGAAGCCAGAGGUCACGCCCGAGACAGAGGUCAUCGCCGAGGAGACGAGCAGCAGCGUCGUGGAGACCGCGACCACAGAUGGCAGCACCGUGCAGACGGCGAAGACCGAGGCGACCACGGUCACCAGCAAGACGAGGACGACGACGACGACGAAGACGACGACGUCAAAAGUGCCGACCGCCAAGAAAACGAGGCCAGAGCCGAAAAAGCCUCAGGGAUGGAACGCGAGCUCAAGUACUUCAUCUGGACCCAGGAAAAGUGGCGCUACCGCAGCACCGAAAAAAUCUCCCGUAACACCGAGCAGGACUGUGGUAAAGUCCAAAAUCGAUACAGGCGAUGGAAGUGUAAAACCCAAGGACACUCCCAAGCGUACGACGCCCACUAGCGGCCCGAAAAAGGUGUUCAGUCAAAAGCUGGAGUGGAAGGCCAAGUCAAAGAUCGGGUCACUUGAUAACUCCAGCCAUAAGCCUCUCGGCGGAAACAAGAAGAUUGAUGAGAAGAAGGUUGACUUCAAGGGGCAAGCGAAAUCAAAGGUUGGCUCCAUGGAUAACGUGACACACGUUCCAAAAGGAGGAGCAAUAAAGGUUGUAACCCAGAAAUUAGACUGGAAGGUUGAGAGUAAGAUUGGCUCGUUAGAGAAUAAGCACCAUCAGCCCGGCGGUGGAGACAAGAAGGUUGUUGAGGAGCAGAAGCUGGAGUGGAAGGCGCAGAGCAAGAUCGGUUCGCUGGAGAACGCCGACCACCAGCCGGGCGGCGGCAACGUGCAGAUCCUCGACCAGAGCCUCGACUUCAAGGACAAGGCGCAGUCCAAGAUCGGCUCGCUGGACACGUCGCCAAGGAAACCGAGCGAGAGUGGAUCGGCCAAUGAGGAUAGACCAGACGUUCUACCGGCAGAUCAGACUGGAGGUGGUGACCAAUGAGGACACUGCACCCGCAUACAGCAUCGACGCCAUCUGGUGUGAAAAAGCCCUCUGAUUGGAAGUGUCAGGAACGCUAACAUGGAAGUGGGUGUUUUACCGUGUGCAGGCUCGACUGUUCUUCCCACCAGAGGGAGCCAUGUACCAGUGCAGGAAGACUCGCUUUUGUCGGAUUUUUAACGUGCUUGACAAAAACGAUCUUGCAUCACGGCACGCCUCACUGCUUGGCCUGAGUUUGCAAGCUAUGCAAGAAGCUACACUAUUACUGCUAGGUGUUUGUGCUUGAUUACAUUUAAGACUGACCCAGCAUCCAAUUAUUACCCCAUAUUUCAUAAUUGUGUGGUUAAGGUGGUAUCUAAAUUGGGGGUGCUGCUAUGGGCGCUGCCAUCUAGCUGGAACUGCCAAUUACACCUUGCCUUCACGAAACCCCGUGGUUAAAAGUAAAGCCAAUUGGAGUCUUCCAUUCUCUUUGUCGAAAGAGUUUGGCGACAAAAAACCAACAGAUACGAAAUAGAUGGUGUAAUUGCUCUAUAUACCACCUUGUUGGUACAAUGUCUCUGCUUACCCUAUAUAUUUUUUUCUGUGAAGGCUUGGUGUAAAGUGUGGACUGUUUAGCAGUGCUUUUCAUGUCGUUGUACAACAUUAGUUUAGCAGUAUGUAAGAAUCUAUGUUGGUAGCUGUAUGUCUUUUAGGACCCCCACCUUGACUGUUAACACCUUCCAAAACGUAUAUGUGAUUAUCUCUUUUUUUGGAUGAGAAAAUCCUAAGAAGAUACAUGAGCCAUACUAGACAUUCCGAUCAUAUUUAUCCCAGAUGAUAGCUUUUAUCUGUGCCAUAUAUUCGACGAGUAAAGAUUGGUCGUGUUUUUUUAGUGUUUUACACACUUGGAAACCGACAUUGAGGUGCAUUUUAAACAAUUUUUGUUAAAUUAUGUGAUUUACCUACCAGCAGGUAGCACCAUAAAAUAUUUUUUUCACUAUAUCUUGCAUGCAUUGCUAAAAGUGGCAUUAUGUCACAGAUUUUCACUCUAUUUUAAAAUUUCCUAGUAGUGUUCACUUGUUAGAUAAGUGCAUAUACAAGUGAAUGUGCUUCACGAGUGACCAAUAGUGCAAAACAGGAAAUUUUGGUUGUGUUUAUGCUUUUACACUGAUAAGUAUAUUCGCUGCCUGGGCAGUGACAUUUAUUUCGUAUGCACUGGAAUUUCAUCAUAAGCUAUAUUUGGUAGUGUAAAUAUAUAGUGGCAACUUUUUUGCAUUCAGUGGUAUAAAUGUCGUAAAAUUGUAAAAUACGUAGUGUUCUGAUGCAAGACACACUUGAAAAUGAAACUGCUGGUAAGAAUUUCAAUAUAAAAAUAACCAUGACUGUGAUUUUUCCCUCGAUAAUUCAGGGUCAGUUAAAUAUAUUUAUCUUGACAAUAUUGUAUUUCCAGCAGAGAAAUCAAAUUACAUGUUAUAUGCAGCACAGUGCACCUCAUUCCGUGUAGAAAUGCACAUGCACCAGUGGUUUCAUGUUAGCUACAUGGUCUCCAACCGACAGCUAGGCAUCUUUGUCUAAACGUUGUGGUGUAUUGGUAGUUAAAACUGAUUAUGAAAGUGUUCGUGUAAUGGUAAUGUGAAGGUGUCAUUAUAUUAUUGUUGUAUAAUGGUACUUUACGGCAUAAUCGUAGCACUUACGGUGUGAACUAGUAAUAAUUCUUCCUAAUCGAACCGAAAACGUUUGGAUAAUAGUACCAUAACUGAUAGCUACUAUUUUCAUCCACCAGGUUUAUACACAGUUUAGUCUUUUGACAAAUUUUACACCAUUGUAUUGAUUACUGUUAUUCCAUUUAGAACAUUCCUAUAUACAUAUAAUAUAUACAUACAUCACAAAGGUGUUUUCAAUGUACUAUUAUGCAAGGUAUCGAUAUUCAAGGUUUAAGAUGUUAGUGUGAUUGAUGUAGGUAUUGUUUUUUGUUCUGCUAAUUUUAAUUUGUUAUUUUUCAGGUAAUAGCUUAUUUGAGCAUUUUUCACCUUAGUGUAACUCUUUAGUGAGAAAUGUUGGGUGUGGUAUUUUACUGGCAUACGCUAUCAAGAACAUAGUUGAUUUUAUGCGAAAUGGCCUUGUAUGCAUUUAUUUUGUGUGUUUGUUUGUUUGUUUAAGUUGUUUAUCUGUAGGCAAAAACUGGUAUGAAAUUCCUUCAUGGUGAUAACUGUGAGUGUUUUUUCUAAGAUACAUACCCGAAGCAUUUUACUACUCGUUUUUUUCUCAUUUUAGUUUAACUAGCGUGUGUACUAUAUUGUUUAGCAUCACCCCGUACGUGUGUCGUUUUUUUCGCGUAGGUGGUUCUAAUUCACGUUUACUCUCUGGCGUGUUUGUGCAUGGGUAGGUUACAUGUUCGAUUCUGAGUGCAAGGGUCAGUGACGGCCAUAGAAAUAAUGUAGUAGUGUCUCUAUAUAUUUCUACGGUGACGGGCUGUGCUCACUGAUCUGUAUAUAACGAUCAGUUAUAUUUAGAUCAGUGGCUGUGCGCGCCACCUAGUGGCCAGAGGGCCGUCGCCAGAGACAUCAUAAGUAAAUAUGUCUAGAGUCUAAAAUGUCAUGCAAAGGUGUUAGCAACAUUUUAGGCGUGUGAUACGGAAUUUUUUAUGAUGUUUCUAACAACGGACUUCAGAUUACUAUCGUCUUGACUCGCGAACGAUGGCGCAUGUCACGGUAAAGAAAAUCAAUUGCAGUAUCAAGCAUUUUCCUGCUGGGCCGUGUGGCAGGUGUGUGGGGCGUGCGCAUUUGUCUAUGUUCUCAUGUUUCGUGUUUCUUCUUCUUCAGUGACAGUAUAAAGUGACACUUCCUAAAACUGUUGAAGAAAAAAACAUUAGGUAUCAGAAGCAGGACAACUAUUGUAAUGCUACAUGUCUUGUAUUCUGUGCGAGGUUGUGUAACGUGGGGAUGACACGUGUAAUAAAACAUGCUUCACAAUUGCGAUUGCGUAGAGGACUGGGAGUACACUGUUGUAGUGCAUCAGGGCAGUGCUGCCUUCACUAGCGCUGGCGCAUCAAUUCUCGCCAUUCCUGUAGCAAAGCCAUAAUUCCGUCAUCCGCACGUAUCCCUCCGAUGUCUCACUACCCACCGCUGAACUUAUCUACCUUUAGUCCUUUACCUUUAUCGCUCGCUACACCAAUCCGCAAAGGACGCUCCAUGUUACGUCUAAUUCGAGGCUCGCGCAUUUCGAAAUCAAACCUAUAUUUACCAGCUGUUAAUUAUGAACGUCUAGAUAUCAUAUAGUCUACUUUUGUGCUAAUUUGUUGUCUGUAAUUGUUAUACACUAUAGUGUAGAAAUGUAAUGCUGAACACUUUGAACCCACCAACCACCAGUGAAGAACAGGGUUGAGUAGUUGAUCUAUGUUUUGUCCCAACGUGUUCUAGGUGGAGAUUCAGGCAGCUCCAAUAGAUAAUGGAUAUAUUCAUUGUGUUAUUCACUUUUAAUUGCUUCAUUUAAGUUAAAGGUACUUAGCUGGGUUGUGACGAAGAGGUCGGACGUUGAGAUUUGAUGUACGAAUGGCUUGUAAGACAACGUGCGCACCUAUGUACAGAACACAGAUCUGUGAAGAACUAGAUGUUUCGAUCGGCUAUAUAGAGACUACUCAAUGUCUAUUGUCUACUAGUGUCUACUAAAUUCUUGCUGGGAGCGAUACAGAGUAUAUUGAUUAUGAUGAUAGCACUACUUUUAUGCAUAAACUUAUUGAAUUUAAUGUUAAAAUAUGACUAUUAUGGGCUAUCACGUUAUAGAAAUCUUCUAUUUGCAUUCCUUUUACAGUUGCAUGUAGUUAUUAUAAACUGGAAUAGUUUUAAGUAAUAAAGUGCAUGUUAUUUUACAAAAUUAUAAA